AAAACGGCAUCACGAGACUUCUUCUUAGUCUUCUUCUUCUUCCUCCUCCAUCACCACCUUGCCACAUCUUCAUCAUGCUGCAGCAACGGAUAGCGCGCUCUCUCCAGACCCUUGCACGACCGUCGCAAUCCUCUCGAAUCGCCAGAACAGCUACCACGACGCCCUGGCGAUCCUCAUACAAAGCCCCCGCAGUCGCAUCACAAAGCAUCGCCGCGCGAAGAUGCUACUCGUCCGCCAAAGAGGAAUCCGACAAGAAGCAGGAGCAGAUCCUCAAGGAGGAAGGCAAGGGCACACAGGAUACCGCCACUGAGGGCGCCGCCGCCGCCGCAAAGGAGGAGAAUCCUCUGCAGAAAGAGCUCGAGGCCGUCAAGAAGGAGAAUUUGGAUAUUACUGAUCGUCUAAAACGCCAGAUCGCCGAAUACCGCAACCUCCAAGAACAAACCAAACGCGAAGUCAAGGCCGCCAAAGACUUCGCGCUGCAACGAUUUGCCAAAGACCUUCUGGACAGUGUGGACAACCUCGAUCGCGCCCUGGAGAAUGUGCCCAAGGAUAAACUCACGCCUGAAAACCAGGAUCUGGUUAAUUUACAUGAUGGGUUGAAGAUGACGGAUGAGAUUCUGGUGAAGACGUUGAAGAGACAUGGAAUGGAGAGGAUCGAUCCCAGCGUGGAAGGAGAGGUGUUCAACCCCAAUUUGCACGAGGCGACGUUCCAAGCCCCUCAGCCAGAUAAGAAGGACGGGACGGUGUUCUUCACCCAGCAGAAGGGAUUUAUGUACAACGGGAGGGUUCUCAGGGCGGCCAAGGUUGGUGUGGUGAGAAAUUCAUGAGUGCACGCACACCCUUCUCCCUUCCACCCGGUGUUGGAACUGGAUUCAUUUUCACAGAAGCCAUGUCUACCUAACAAUGUUCAUAUAAAGGUGACAUACACCGGCCAGAGAGCGGCUGGUCCUGUAUAAUCAAAUCUCCCCUCCGGAUGCUGGGAUGAUGGAAAAUCAAAUAAAAGCAUAGCAUCGAGCGAUGUACUCUAUAGCCUGUAUGAAUAUAAGAUGUCCAC